UUGAGAUGACAUGGCUAUCGACUGCCUAACAAGGGAAGAGUUAGGUGAUAAUUCUCAGUCCUGGAACAGAUUUUCAUUUGAAAUUGAGACCAGAGCCCAAGAAAAUGCUGAAGCCAGCACCAACAUCGACUUCAACAGAGGAGCUAGCACCAGGGUUACCUUCAGUGAUAAUGCUAGCAUUAGCUUCAGUGCUACGCCCAGACCCAGUGGUGGCUUUGGUGGCAGAGCUGGCUUUAGCUUUGGUGGCACACCCAGGACCAGUUCCAGCUUCAGCAGUACAGCCAGCAUUUGCUUUAGUGGUAUACCCAGCACUAGCACUAGUUUUGGUGGUGCAGCCAGUACCAGCUCUAGUUUCAACAGUGAAGCCUGCAUUAGCUUUAGUGGCAUACCUUGUACCAGUGCCACCUUUGGUGGUGGGGUCAGCUCUAGUUUCAGUGUCUCACUUAGCACCAGUCCCAGUUUCAGUGGUGAAGCCAGCUCUGGCUUUGGAGGCGCACUCAGCACCACCACUGGCUUCAAUGGUGCACUUACUACCAGUAGCAGAUUUGGCAGUAUGCCCAGAACCAGUUCAGUCUUUAGUGGUGCACUUAGCAUCAGGACUGUAUGGGGCACACUGAGCACUAGUGUCUGCUUUGGUUUCUCUCCCAGCUCUGGUGCCAGCUUUGGUGGCACACUUAAUACCAGUUUCUGCUUUAGUGGCUCUCCUAGCACCACCACUGGUUUUGAUGGAGUACUCAGCACCAGUGUCUCCUUUGGUGGCUCUUCCAGCACCAGCACUGACUUUGGUGGUACACUAAGCACCAGCAUCUGCUUUGGUGGCUCUUCCAGCACUGGUGCCAGCUUUGGUGGUGCAUUCAGCACCAGUGCUGGUUUUAGCAGUGCUGUCAGCACUAGUGCUAGCUUUAGCAGUGCACCCAGCACUAUCUCUGGCUUUGGCAGUAUGUUCAGCACCAAUGCUGACUUCAGUGGGGCGCUUAGCACCACUACUGACUCUGGCAUUGCUCCCAGUACCAGCAUUGGCUUUGGUGGAAUUCCCAGCACCAGCCUCUGCUUUGGCAGUAUGUCUAACACCAACCUAUGCUUUGGUGGCCCUCCUAGCACUAGCACCUGCUUUAGUGGUGCUACCAGUGCUAGUUUUGGUGAUGGAUCCAGUACCGCUGCUGGUUUCAUCUUUGGCAAUGGGUUAAGCACCAAUGCUGGAUUUCGUGGUGGGCUGAGCACCAGUGCUGGCUUUCGUAGUGGACUAGGCACCAGUGCUAUCUUCAGUAGUGAACUGAACACCGGUGCUGGCUUUGGUAGUGGACUGAUCACAAACGAUAGCUUUGGUGAUGGACUGGGCACCAAUGCUGGUUUUAGCAGCACACUUGGCACAAGUGCUGGCUUUAGUGGUGGCCUCAGCAUCAGUGAUGGUUUUGGUGCUGGCCCUAAUAACAGCUUCAACAGAGGACCAAGUACCAUCAUUGGCUUUGGCAGUGGUUCCAACACCAGCACUGGCUUAAUUGGUGAACCCUACACCAGCACCAGCUUCAAUUGUGGACCCAGUUCUAUCACUGGCUUCAGCAGUGGACCAAGCACAGGUGUUGGCUUCAGCAGUGGACCAAGGAGUAGUGCUGGCUUUGGCGGUGGACUGAGAAAUGGUGCUGGCUUUAGUGGUGGAGCCACCAGACUUGGUGCCUGUAGCUUCUCCUAUGGCUAGUGAGGUUUCAGGUAAUUACAACAUUUGCUCAGCCAUGGCCCAUGGGGAUGGGUAUAAGAACUGGGAAAUGUUAUAAGAAACCCCAAAGGGGGAGGUUUGGGUAGGGGGAUGAGGACAAUGAAGGAAGUAUGAGGAAACAGUAUAUUUGGUGCUAAAAUGUGUUCCUGUUUGGUGUUGCUUUUAGCUUUAUUUCCCAGGUUUGCAGAUACAGCUAAUGAAUUCCAGCAGUUCUUUCCAAGGAGCCAAGGUACAUCCUUGGGAUCUUUGUCCACACAGCAGUAUAAACAGACAUUAUCAAUCAGCUGAGGAUGACACACUAUGAAAAAUCUGUUUGCAGAUCCUGCUUUAUUGUUUGCUUAUUGUGUGUUAUCAUAUUUUGGUAUCAGAGUUACAUUAAAUUUGCAAAAUGAAUUGGAGUUUUUUAUGUUUUUUAAUGUGCUUGUUGUAAUAUUUCAGGUUCCUAGAAGAACUAGAGAUCAGUGUAGCUCUUCAGAGAAGGGGGGCUGCAGCUUUAGGCUAAAACAAAAAUAUUAUUUCAAUGGGAUAGAGACCUGGAGAAAGUAUAGCAGACAAAGGGAUUAUAGCUUGAAUGAAGAUAUAGAGGGAAAGCCUGGACUAGAAGGAAGAGGGAGAGGGUUUUGGACAGUAAAUAUAGAUCCAUUUUGAGACAUUUGUAUAAGAAUAGAGAGAUAGGCUGUAUAAGAAUAGAGGUAGACACAGGAACAAGGGAGGGUUUUCUUGAGAUAGGAAAGAGAGAUCUGAACAUGUUGCAGAGUGUAGGGGCAAAAGCCAGUAAAGGAGAUAGAUAUUCUAUAAUAGUCAAGAAUGGACUGAAGUAGCCCAUGCCUGAGAAGGUGGGAUGGGAUAGAGUGCCAGGGAAUAGAGGGUGACCCUGACUUUGAAUAGGAUUUAAGGGUGGCUGUGGAAGCAGAUAAAUGUAGGUUUGUUUCAAACAGCACAUCUUCCCAAAAAAGGUGAUAUGAAAAAGGUGAUACAAGGUUUGGGGCUUGCUGGUGGCUAUGAUGGAAGAACAAAGGAAUCAAGGCAGUGAGUACAUGAGUCUGUCUCUUUAUCCCUGGGUUGCUGAUACCUAGGUGCAUGGAGAGUGGCUAAAGAAAUGGAACAUAGGAUUCAAGCUGUCUAGGGAUGGAGGAACAAUGAGGAGGAAAAGAUGAUAGAUUGGAAGAAAAUUGAGGAAUCAAAGGAUUAUACUCUUGAUGCAGUACAAGAACAAAUCUUGUUCAUUCAGGAAAUACCAUACACAUGCCUACUAUGUGGGAGGAAUGUUUCUAGGGAUCCUGCAGAUGACACAGAGAGUUGUAAGGACUGGGGGCCAGUGGUCAGAUAGUGAGAUCCUUGUAUUUAAGAAGUCAUACUGGGACUGGGGUGUCUAGAUGGUCUAUAGAGUAGAUGGCUAAGGGGGAAAUGAUCAUUGUUUUGAGGGGUCAGGGGACUUGGAGGGCAGAUUAUUAUUUGGAUCAUUUGUAUGGACAGUGAAAUCAUUCAGGAUGACAGCAGGAGUUGGAGAAGAGAGGAACACUGUGGUCUAGGUACAAAUUCUUCUGAGUGUAGGAAUGAAGGUGUCAGGUCCUCAGCUAUGCUGCCCACGAAGAAAUGAGGCCAUAGGUCCUCACAGAGACAUAUCUCCUCCCUCACUUUUAGAGUUGCUACACCAGAACCCUUCCCUCCAGUAAGCCCUCAU